UUCACUGUUGUCAUGGAGAGGAGGCGGCCGCCGGGAGGUCUCCCGUUUCACGGUGCUGCGGAGGAGCCUGGAAUCGAUGGACAGUAUAAUGAGUCGGUACACCGGGGGCCCCGCACCCCUGGAGAGUUUGUCCCUGCAGGGGCCCAUCCCGGCAUGUCCCGUUAUGGGAAUCCAGAGGCCGGUACCUCCCAGUACAGGGGCCCCCAGUACGGCGAGUCCAUGCCUGGCCCUCAGCAUGGCAGACCACAUUCCAGCAUGGCCCCGCAUAGAGAAAACUUAGCACAUGUGCCCCAGUACGGGAGUCACCACUCAGACGGAUCCCAUCACAUGCAUUCAUAUCCCAACCUUCCCCAGCACGGGGGACCCCACCCCAACCUUCCCCAGCACGGGGGUCCCCUCCCCAACCUUCCCCAGCACGGGGGUCCCCUCCCCAACCUUCCCCAGCACGGGGGUCCCCUCCCCAACCUGCCCCAGCACGGGGGUCCCCUCCCCAACCUGCCCCAGCACGGGGGUCCCCACCCUAACCUUCCCCAGCACGGGGGACCCCUCCCAUACCUGCCCCAGCACGGGGGUCCACACCCUAACCUUCCCCAGCACGGGGGUCCUCACCCUAACCUUCCCCAGCACGGGGGUCCUCACCCUAACCUUCCCCAGCACGGGGGUCCCCACCCUAACCUUCCCCAGCACGGGGGUCCCCACCCUAACCUUCCCCAGCACGGGGGUCCCCACCCUAACCUUCCCCAGCACGGGGGUCCCCACCCUAACCUUCCCCAGCACGGGGGUCCCCACCCUAACCUUCCCCAGAACGGGGGAGCCCUCCCCAUCCUUCCCCAGCACGGGGGUCCCCACCCUAACCUUCCCCAGCACGGGGGUCCCCACCCCAACAUGCCUCAGCACGCGGGCCCUUACCCAAACUUGCCCCAGCACGGGGGUCCCCACUCAUUCAUGCCCCAGCAUGCGGAUUCCCAAUCAAACACACUUCAGUACAUGGAUCCUCAAACAAAGAUGUCUCACUACCCAAGUCUUCAUUCAAACAUACCACAGCAUGCUGGUCUCCAGUCAAACAUGUCCUCACAUAGAGGUCCCCUUUCAAACAUGCCCCAGAACAAGAGUUCACAGUCACAAAUAUCCCAGCAUGGGGAUGUUAACUUCCAGGAUCCCACACCUAACUUUGUGUGCCCUGAGACUGAUGUUUUCCAAAAUCGUGGUCCUGAGUCUGGCAUGCCGCACCAUAGUGGUCCCUCACCUUGCAUUUCUGUCCCUCAAAUAUUGAAGUCUGAUACUCCCAGGUACUCCCACAACAGUGGCCCUCUUCAUGUCAUCCAGCAUAGUUCUCCCUAUUUGCCAAGUCCAAAUGAAGACUUAUAUCACAGUAACAGAAACCUCACUAAUCCCCCAUUUGCUGCUACUCAAAUGAACGUAAUGCCAAUUGAGGGUGAUAAGGAGUAUAAUAUUAAAGUCCGAGAUGCACAGCCGCAUGCUCAAAAUUUAGACCACUUUCUGAAGGAGGAAAGACUUUUAAAUCUGCAUGUGCAAGGUGAGAAUCCACAAGGGAUGGAGUCAGCACACAUAAUGAGCACCUUUAAGCCUUCUGAGGAGAUGUUUAUACAUGUUCAUGAGCAUUUUGUUCCAGAGGAUCAAGUUCAUGUUCAAGGUGAUAUGUUUAUGCAGAAUGACCGACCCAACAUGCAAAGAGAUGGGAGCUUCUUAUAUCAACAUGGGCACAGUUUGCAACAUGGUGACAAUUUUAUGCCUCAAGGCAACUGUAACAUACAGAGUGAAAGCCUCAAUAUGAAUUUGAAGAGGCAACAUGAUGAUAUGUGGACAUUUGGCAAUCAUGUACCCUCUGAAAAAGACAUGUUUAAGAAUUGGCUAUCGUCCUUCCUGGCACAUCGGAGAAACAAGCAGCCUUCUAGGUCAGAAUCCACUAGAUCUCCUUCUAUUACAGAGGCACGCGAGUUAAUAUAUGGUACACUUCGUCUUUUGUCUCAGCUGAAGUCCCUGUGCCAGACUUUGGAGACCGGUGCUGAAUCCAAAGAAUCUUGGGCCAAGGAUUUCCCAAAAGCAGCUACCAUCCGUGAUGAGCUACAAAGGAAAAUGAAGAAGCUUGAGGAGCCUGGGUUUAUUCAUAAUGUUAAAAGGAAACUAGGAGGCGUCAGAAAGAAAAGACUUCGCCAGCAGCGGGCUAAGAAAGAGACCGAAGAGGAUAAGAGGGCAGUUGAGUAUGCAGCAGAGAAGGAAGCUAGGAUUGACCGCUGGAGGAUGCAGUGUGUCCAGCAGGUGGAAGAGAAGAAAAGGGAGCGGGAGCUGAAAGCUGCUGCUGACCGUGUGCUAUCAGAAGUGAGAAAAAAACAAGCAGACACCAAGAAAAUGUUAGAUGUUUUAAAAUCCCUUGAGAAAUUGAGGAAGCUGAGAAAGGAAGCGGCAGGACGCAAAGGUGUAUUUCCACCUCAAUCUUCUGAUGAGACUUUUGAAAAUCAUAUCCAGAGGCUUAGAACAAUGGUCCACAAACGCGUUGCUCUGUAUGAUGCAGAGGAAAGAGCUUUGAAUGUCAUUUUAGAAGGUGAGCAAGAAGAAGAAAGGAAAAAGGACAAAGAAAAGAGGACAAAAAAGGAAAGAGAGAAAUUUCUGCAUAUGCAGCAAGAAGUUGAUUCUAUAUUGUUCGGAGACCCAGACCCAUUGCCACCACAUCAUUUUCUCCAACCUUUCCGUCAGUAUUACCUGCAAGCAGAGAAUUCAGUUGUUUCUUUAGUACACAUAAGACAUGAUUGGGAUCGGUUUCUGGUUACAUCUGACCACCCUGAUUCUAGUAGUAUACCUCGAGGGUGGGUAACCCCCAAAUCCCCAUCCAGUGACACUUGGGCCACAGCAGUACUGAAGGCAGAGUGAAGCAAAACAGAGAGCGUUUGUGUGAGCAGUGAUAAGCAGCAGAACACUUCAUUGGACCUGGAAAAAGCUCAUUUUUUUUCCACUGAAGAUGUCUCAGAAGCAGUUUUCCUGCCCAAGAAAGCUGUUGGGGGGCAAAAACAAAAAAAGGGUUUGAAGACGGACUGUUUUUUUAAUUUAUUUUUACUAAGCCAUUAAUGCACUGCUUGGAAGCCUAGAUUUUGCCAUAUGUUGCACAGCUAAAAAAAAGAAUGUUUUAUGCUGUUACACUAGAACGACCUGCUGGAGCUGUCAAAUUGGCUUUAAACCUAGUCAAAAAGAAAAGCCUGGAAAAGGACAUAUAUGUUCACAGAGAAUGCACCUUCUUAUAGUUCCUUUGCAAGUUUUGUGAACGCAUAAUUUUGAGGUCUGUAAAAUAAAAUCAAAGGCAAAAAUCUAAAUUGAUUUUCCAAAAUCUGAUUAUAUGUGUUGUGCAAUUGUUACAUAUUAGAUGAAAGAACACAAACUCAGCCUUGUUGGACAUAUUAAUGUUUUCCCCUGUGUUUAGGCAGUGAUUGUGUACUUGUGGGAUAUUAAACUAACCUGUCUUGCUA